AUGGAAUAUCAGUUCAAGGCGACCUUUACUGUUCGUAGUAACGUAAUCCUUAUUGAAAUUGAAGGCCAUGAACUGUAUAGUUAUUUUCAUAACUUUGGAUACGCUGAGCUGCCCAGUGUUCGACAUGGAAACUCCACCAACGUUACACGGCAGCGAAAAUUAAUAACAGAUGACAAAAUAAAAAAGGUAAAAGGAAACCUGGACUCGAGCGAAACACGAGCUAAAAGAUCUCCUAAUGAACAAGAUGUGAACACAGAGGAAGAAGUAGUGGUCACUCAGUCGGAAGUGCCCGAAGAAUCUUCGUCCAGUGACUGCACCCGACACGAGAUGUACGUAGAUUUCGAGAAGAUUGGAUGGUCUGGGUGGAUAGUUUCUCCAAAGGGAUACAACGCCUACUACUGUAAAGGAGAGUGUUCCUUUCCUCUUGGUCAGAAUCAAUAUCCAACCAAUCACGCUACGGUACAGAGCAUUGUGCAUGUGCUUUUCCCAAGAGUUGGAGAUCCUUGCUGCGUUCCGAACAAACUACUCCCAAUAAGGUUGCUGUAUUUUGACGAUCACCAAAACGUAGUUCUCAAGCAAUACGAAAAUAUGGUGGCCGAAAGCUGUGGCUGUCAAUGAUACAAAAAAAAAGUUUUUCACCGUUCUUUUUUCUCGACGGCUAACUUGGACAGCUUGCCAAAUUAUGUAUACUUCCAGAGACGUAUAUUUAUUCGUCAAGAACACCUGGUGGCUGGUGGGCGAGAUAAGCAGCAGCUUGAACUCGCUCAUAUUUAAUAUGGUGCUUUAUGAAGUUGGCGAGACGGAGGGUUCUUCCCUAAAGUAUUCUGUGAAGCUUCUGGUGGCGCGGUUCUUUCUGUAAGAAACACCAGGGGCAGUCUAAAAUAUUGCGACUGUUUGUUAGUACUGGUCUUGAGGGAUUUUGUUCCUGUAGAAAAAUACAAACUAUUCUCUAUUUGAAAAACAAAAAAUUGCAUUUUGGAUCAAGUUUUCGUGUUGUUAAAGUUCGAAGCUACAAUGCCUUUGUCUUUAAUAUGUUCUUAUUUGAGAAGAUUUUACCAAACUAAAAUCUAAGUAUUAAUUUUAUCUUAGUAGUUUAGAGAAAUAAUAAAAAAAAUUUCUAACAGAAAGAUGUGAAUAGCUUUUAACACUAUAUUUUACUCCUUAAUAUCUUCUCAUUUGAUCUCUUGUAUAUUAAACAAAUUAAGAUAAAGAAACGCUUUUUCGUGUUAAUGGUAAGCUAAAAAGCACUUAUAUGUCAUUAAUACACGUAUAUAAUAAUAUAAA